UGAUAGACAAAUGUAUGUUAUUUAUUUAUUAGUAUUUUUAUUUGUGUCCACAUAUUAUUGACGUCAUGUAAAAGCACGAGUUUCGAUUCAUUUUUGGUGGAAUAACUUUGCAUUUUAACUCUACAGUAUGCUUUUUAUAAUGCUAAAUGUCAUUUAGCUGCGGAUGGUUGAUAUUAACAAAUGUAUGUUUUUAUUUAUUAUUAUUUGUAUUUGUGUCCACAUAUUAUUGACGUCAUGUAAAAGCAGGAGUUUCGAUUCAUUUUUGCUGCAUUAACGUUGCAUUUUAACUCGUCAUUAUGCUUUUUAUAAUGGCAAAUGUCAUUUAGCUGCGGAACUACUGUUCCGCACCUCCGUUUUCAGUCGGGCGUAGAUUCUGGACCGACGUGCUUUUAUUUUGAAAAAGAUCAUACAAGUGAAACCGGAAGUAGCCUCGACUCUGCUGUUGGCGGAAGUCGUAAUGUUUUGCACCGCGUAGCGUCCUGUAGCUACACGGUAGCUCGUGUAAAUGCGGCGGUUUUACUCGUAUUGCCUUCUCCUCCGGUCUCCAUGAACAGGGCGCAGCUGAAGCGCUCCGGCAUCUUUAGGAUGGCGCUCGCCGGCUCGGACGCGACGGACCCGGGCGGACCCAGCGGCGAGACCUUCGUCUUCCGGGCGGUGAGAAUCGGAGCCGUGGUCACGGCGUACUGGUUCGUCUCCAUCACGAUGGUGUUCCUCAACAACUACCUGCUGGACAACCGGGACCUGGACGCGCCGCUGCUCAUCACCUUCUACCAGUGCCUGGUGACGGUGGCGCUGUGCUGGCUCAUGCAGCUGCUGUCCCGGCUGUGCCCGGGGCUCAUCGACUUCCCCGCGGUCCGCUUCGACCUGAAGACGUCCCGGGAGGUGCUGCCGCUGUCCGUCGUGUUCAUCUGCAUGAUCACCUUCAACAACCUGUGCCUGAAGCACGUGGGCGUGGCCUUCUACACGGUGGGCCGCUCGCUCAGCACCGUGUUCAACGUGCUGCUGUCCUACGUCAUCCUGAAGCAGACCACCUCGCUGCAGGCCGUCGGCUGCUGCGGGAUCAUCCUGGGUGGAUUCUGGCUCGGCGUGGACCAGGAAGGCCUGACGGGGACCCUCUCCUGGACGGGCGUCUUCUACGGCGUGUUGGCCAGCGCCUGCGUCUCCCUGAACGCCAUCUUCACCAAGAAGGUGAUGCCGGCGGUGGACGGAAACAUCUGGAAGCUGUCCUACUACAACAACGUCAACGCCUGCGUCCUCUUCCUGCCGCUCAUCGUCAUCUCCGGGGACCUGAGCCGCCUGGCCGCCUUCGGCCGCAUCGGCCACCUCGGGUUCUGGGGCGUGAUGACGCUCGGCGGCGUGUUCGGCUUCGCCAUCGGCUACGUCGCCGGCCUGCAGAUCAAGUUCACCAGCCCGCUCACGCACAACGUGUCGGGCACGGCGAAGGCGUGCGCGCAGACCGUCAUCGCGGUGGUGUACAACUCGUCCAGCAAGAGCGCGCUGUGGUGGACGAGCAACAUGAUGGUGCUCGUCGGCUCGUCGGCCUACACCUGGGUCAAGAGCCUGGAGAUGAAGAAGGCCCCCCACAGAGACACGCCUCCGGACUCGGCCAAGGAGAGUCUGCUGGAGGCGGAGGAAGACGGUGGAGGAGUGUAACUUUUUUAAAACAUUUGUUUUUGUUUUUAAACUAUUAACUUUUAUCUGUGUGGUGGGAAAAAAGUGAAAUAAUACAAGAGUUGGCGCGCGGCCGAUCGGCGACUUGAAGCGACGCUCGCGUGGAGUCGAUGGAAUAGUCUUGUGGUUUUAUACAGUUUUAUUUGCGGCCUGAAGGAAUUUGUAAUAUAAAUAUAUUUUUUUAUUUAAAGCUAUUCACAUGCGUUGUGGGCCUGUUUUAUUUGUUGUUUUUUACAAUUGCGUUGAUUGAAACGUUGAAUAACGUGUCUUAUAUGGUCCAGCGUGUUUUUCUUCACAGGGAGGGUAUAUUUACUCAUAUUUGGGUUAUUGGAGACUUAUAGUGACAAAAAGUGACUUAAAUAAAUAUAUUAAUUAUGAUUCCAUAAAUUGUGUUGUGGGCUGUGUGGAACAUACAUGUGUAUGUUCCUUUAAGGAUUCCAUGGUGGCCUCUGGAAGGAUCUGUAGUAUCCCGUGUGGUAACGUAACCAAAACCCUGUGUCAGUGGGACAACACGCGAAUGAGAAAAAAGUGUUCUCAUUCACAGGGACGUUCAGGGUUAAACAACGAAAUGAUUCAUUAAAAAAAUACAUUUAAAGUCACGGCACUCCACAAUUUUAUCAUUUAAAUAUUUUUUUUGUGUGCAAUACUUAUUUUUGUAUCGCAAUCAACGAGUUUGAUAAUGAGAUGUGACUGAUGAAUAAAAGAUCUUUUUUUUUUAAUAGACGUCAAAUUUAAAAGAUGGA